CCUCUCUGUCUCCCUCUCCCCCCCUUGGCUUCCGACAUCAGCGGCGGCGCAGCGGCGGGGGGCGGCAUUGCGAGCUGACAUCACCUGCGGCGCGGCGAUCCCGGGGGGCGGAGGAGGUGGCCGCGCCGCCGGCUAUGUAGUGAUCCGGCCCGUGAUCUCGACGGCGAUUCUCGGCUGAGCGGGCGGCGGCGAUGAACGGGGCGAGCGCCAGCGCCGGCCCCGGCGCCGGCGCUGGCGCGGAGGGGCCGCUGGUGUACAAGGCCUGGAAGGGCAGCAAUGUGUUUUUCCUUCAGGGGAGAUUUAUAUUUGGUCCUGAUGCAAGAUCCUUGUUUGUCACCAUGUUCCUCAUUGUUGCGCCUGUAUCGAUCUUCUGUGCAUUCGUUGCGAGGGAAUUGAUGGAUAAUUUCUCUUAUGGCAUGGGAUUGUUGGUAAUGAUUGCAGUAGUUCUAUUCACAGCAUAUGAUCUGAGUCUUCUGCUUCUAACUUCUGGGAGAGAUCCGGGUAUCAUACCUCGCAAUGCACAUCCUCCAGAACCUGAAGGUUUUGAUGGCAAUGCAGAGGUUGGGGCUAACCAGACUCCACCUUUGCGUUUGCCCCGAGUGAAGGAUGUUGUUGUCAACGGAGUCACUGUGAAGACAAAAUACUGUGACACUUGCAUGUUGUACAGGCCUCCUCGUUGCUCCCAUUGCUCUAUCUGCAACAACUGUGUGGAACGUUUUGACCAUCACUGCCCAUGGGUGGGACAGUGCAUAGGACUGAGGAAUUACAGGUUCUUUUAUAUGUUUGUGUUCUCAACAACUCUGCUCUGCCUUUAUGUUUUCGGGUUCUGCUGGGUGUACAUUGUUAAGAUCAGAAAUGCAGAGCAGAUAACAAUUUGGAAGGCAAUGGCAAAGACCCCUGCAUCUAUUGCUCUAAUCAUCUACACAUUCAUCGCGGUUUGGUUUGUUGGUGGCCUCUCUGUGUUCCACUUGUACCUCAUGAGCACAAAUCAGACAACAUAUGAGAACUUCAGAUAUCGCUAUGAUCAACGAGCCAACCCGUACAACAGGGGGGUUGUUGAAAACAUCAAGGAGAUCUUCUUUACACCCAUCCCUCCUUCGAAGAACAACUUCCGUGGCAGGGUCCCACAGGAGCAUGGUCUAAGGCCUCGUGCGACCAAUGGUUUCAUGAGUCCAAACAUGGGGAGAGCUGUCGGCGACAUUGAGAUGGGUAGAAAACCAGUAGCUUGGGAUGAGCCAAGGAUGGCCGCUGAGAUUGGUGAUUUAGGAGCAGGUCUGAGCAACUUGUUGGAGGACAAGGAUGGUAGGUUUCGUAGCGCAUCUCCAGAUCUCAGCCGUGAUGCCCUCGCUGUUGGAGGAGGCUUAGAAGAGCAAGGCUCCUCAGUGAUGAACCCUGGGCGGACAAGCUGGGGAGUUGAAGCCGGUCGAUGAUGGUAAUGACCAUGUAAGCAGCUGUAGUGAGAGGCUCAGGGCUGUUAGUGCCAGUUCGCUGCUAAUUUGUUGUUUGUUUUGAGAUUUGAGGUCACUAAUGUUAUAGACCCAUGACCUGUAUGGUGGUUGUUUCCAGAUUUAAGUUUCUCCUUUCUCUUAGUUUGAGAUGUCUUUCCUGUAUGUUGUUUGAAGCAGUUGGUUUGUGACGUGUCAAGUUUGGCACUGCCUGAUUUUGUCUGUAUAUAUUGGCGCUGUAGACCUGAAACAGUUGGAACUGCUUGGCUUUGGAUGUUAAUGGUUGUGAACAAUAUUUGACCUUCGCAGAUAAUGAACAACGCUCUGUCCGAGCACCCAAGCUAAGAUUA